AAGCUUUUUUAUAUAUAAUUGAGUUUUAAGUGACUGAUACCAGAGGGAACCUUUCGAGGAGUGACCGCUGCCCUAGAUGUGACCCAGAGAAACCCCUCCUGUAUCUGAAGGGUGUUGAUGGAGAGCCAUUCGAAUGACAGCCGGGACAGUGGUCAUCACUGGUGGAAUUCUUGCUACGGUCAUAUUACUCCUUAUCAUCGCAGUAUUGUGCUACUGUAGGCUGCAGUAUUAUUGCUGUAAGAAGGAGGAGUCUGAGUCGGAGGAGGAGGAGCCGGACUUCGCUGUCACGUCCCGCCUCCCGCCGGUUCACUCCAAUCACAACAUCGUGGCGGCGACGGCGGCGGCGGCUGCCUCCUCCAUGCCAAAUGGACCUGCCAUUUUCUCGACGCCGCCACUGGCGAGAAAACUGACACGUUCGCAGACCUUCUGUCCGUCCUGCACGCACUACGACCUGCCUUUCUACCUUCAGCCACCUCCGCCGCAGGUCCACCACCAACCGGACGGUCUGAGGAAUGGAGGAGAGCGAAUCAGCUACCGCAGCGUCCAGCAGCAGGAUCUGGAGCUGCCGGUGCCUGUGAACAUUUCAAACUACCGUAAACCGAACCUGGCGCGGUCGGUUACCAUGAGGGAGAUGUUCACACGCAGCUGUAGCAUCAGCACUGAUGUUUAGCUGAUUUAAAGCGAAGCUCAUGUCGUUUUCUUUUGAAAGCUGAGAAGGCCAAAGCUGGACUGAUUCAGACUGUGUUUGUGUCAGCUGGACCAGCUCUGGUCUCAUUUAGGCCUCACCUGCAGAUUGAAGGAC